CCAUUAUAACCGGAAAUUUGUGCAACGUUACCAUUGAUACAGCUACAGCAUUUAAAGCCCUUGGCUCCAUUUGGAUAUCACCCGAUGAUCCCUGUUCGUUGUACAAAUGUGAGCUGAAUAAAUUGGGCGUACCACAUGUGGUGGCCAAAAAGGAUAAUUGUGGAGAAUUUUAUUGUGACAUUGAUUCCGAGGUGAGACCCAAAAAUGGCACCUGUUGCGGUGAAUGUGUACGGACGAAAUGUCGUUUCGAAAAUCAAGUGUAUGACAUUGGUAGCACAUGGCACAAUAAUGUCGAUUGCACAUUGCUAGAAUGUGGCCAGCUGGCAAAUGGAGAGCCCAUAAUAAAUGCCUAUCAAAAAACCUGUCCAGAGUUGCCCAAGAAUUGCCCACCGGAAUUGAUAUAUGUGGAAAAUUGUUGUCAAUAUUGUAGAGAGCCAAGGCAGGCUCCACCCUCAGUAUCAGUGGAUGUGGAUAAUGAAGAUAUUUGGACGGAGGAAUUUUAUCGCAAUCAUCCCUGUAAUAGGGAGUGUAAGGCUGGGGAAGCACCUCGCACCUGCCACUAUACCUUUGUGGUGGAAUGGUAUGAAACCCUGUCGAAGGCAUGCUACGAUUGUCCCAAAAACAUUACAGAUUGUGUGCGUCCCCAUUGUAUUGCUGGGGAUGGUAUUACACGUUCGGUGACAGUGGUAAAUCGUAUGAUGCCAGGUCCUCAAAUUGAAGUGUGCCUCAAUGAUACCAUAGUGGUGGAUGUCAAGAAUCACUUACUAGGUGAAAGUACGACAAUACAUUGGCAUGGUCUGCAUAUGAAAAAUACACCCUAUAUGGAUGGAGUGCCGCAUGUCACCCAAUGCCCUAUUUCACCCCAUUCCACAUUCCGCUAUACCUUUUGGGCGGAUAAUGUAGGUACCCACUUCUGGCAUUCGCAUACCGGGAUGCAGCGAGGUGAUGGUGUCUUUGGAGCUUUGAUUAUCAAACGGCCACGCAAUGAAGAUCCACAUGGUCAUUUGUAUGAUUUCGAUUUAAGUGAACACACCAUGAUUGUUCAGGAUUGGGUUCAUGUUCCAGGUGUUAGUAUGUUUGCCUCACAUCAUCAUUCGAAUGGGGAUAAUAAGCCGCUGAAUUUACUGCUAAAUGGUAAGGGGAGGUAUUACAAGGCCAUAUGGGAGGGCAUAAAGGCAAAGGGGCGUUCUGCAGUUGUACCAGAUGUUAAGGAGGCUCAGGGGAAGACGGUGAGAUCUUCAGCUAUAACUAUAACCGAACCUGCUUCGGCUGCGAAUGAAACGGAAUAUAAUCCCAAUGCACCUCUAGAUGAUGAUGUGGUCCUACUACACCCCUCAAAUGAUGAGACGACACAUACCUUAAGAAUACAACAAAAUGAAAUUUCCAGAACGGCACGACUGGCAAAGGCGGAAAAUGAGACCCACAAAAAUCCCAUCGAAGAAGAAGAUGUAGUUACUGAAACAUCUGAAAACCCAAAAAUCCGCCAUCUGGCAAAACGGGCCUUGGAUGGUGAAAUCCCCCUGCACUUUAUACCGCUGCAGCAGUACAAUGUUACCCAAGGUUUUCGUUAUCGUUUCCGAGUGAUAAAUGCCGAAUUUCUUAAUUGUCCCAUACAAAUUUCCAUUGAUAAUCACACAUUGACCGCCAUUAGUUCCGAUGGCUAUGAUUUUGAGGCCCUGGAGGUGGGUUCCAUAAUAACCUAUGCCGGUGAACGUUUUGACUUCAUUGUCAAUGCCAAUCAGGCUGUGGGCAAUUAUUGGAUUCGUCUCAAAGGCUUAAUGGAUUGUGAUGAACGUUUUACAUCAGCCUUCCAAGUGGGCAUUUUGCACUACGACAAGGCUCCUGUGGAAGAACCUCAAGGUGAUUUGGGUUAUCAACAUCAACCGGAGGGCAUUGAACUAAAUGCCAUGAACAAAGGCUCGGGACACAUUGAUUCCCUAACCAUGGCCGAAGUUAAUGGUCUGCCAGUCUACGACAGAAUCCCCGGUAUAGAUCGUGAUGCCCUGAAACCGGUGGCAGAUUAUAAAUUUUUCGUCUAUUAUGAUUUCUAUCGCAAAGAUAAUCCCGAAUUUCAUCCACAACAGUAUUAUGGCAUGGGGGCGAAUUUAAGUAACUCCAAUAUGGUUUUUACACCACAACUAAAUCACAUUUCAAUGAAAUUUCCUUCGGUGGCCUUGCUGGCUGAGAGAGAUCGCGUUGAUGAUUCAUUGUUCUGCAAUGAAACAAGUUUACUGGAACAGGGUAUUGAUUGUCGCAAGGAUUUCUGUAAAUGUCAUCACGUCCUGCAAGUGCCCAGAAACUCAAUUGUGGAAUUUAUUAUCAUCGAUGAGGGUGUGACCUAUGAUGCCAAUCAUCCCUUCCAUUUGCAUGGUAAUGCAUUCCGCGUUGUGGGUAUGGAACGAUUGGCUGCAAAUGUCACUGUGGAAAUGAUCAAAGAAUUGGAUCGUUUCAAUUUAUUAAAGCGCAACUUGGUGCGACCUCCCGUGAAGGACACAGUGACGGUACCCGAUGGUGGUUAUACAAUUGUACGCUUUGAGGCUUACAAUCCCGGUUUCUGGCUAUUCCAUUGUCACAUUGAAUUUCAUGCGGAAAUUGGUAUGGCCCUGAUACUAAAGGUGGGAGAUAAUGAUGAAAUGUUACCGGUACCGAAAAGAUUCCCCAGUUGUCAUGAUUAUGUGCCAGAUUCGAAAGAUGAUGAAGAGGAUAUUGAUGAAAUGGUUAUAAAUAAACCAGGCCACUCCGAUAAUGGUGGUUCGGGAAAUCUAUUGGAGGAAAUUUUGAAAAGGAAUUCAAGGGCAGAUUCCAUACCAAUUUCUUUAAAUUGCGAUAUGACAGUCGAACUUGAUAAAUAUUUUAAUUUUCGUCUUAUAAUUGCCCAGGGUGUUGAAGAAGUGCGUUUGGAUUUAAAACAUUCCGUUGAAUAUAUGAGAUCGUUGCAAUCAAUUGAAACGACAGUUAUCAAAUUCGUGAUAAUUCUAAAUAAUGAACAACCGUUUGCCCAGCAACUAAAGGAAAUGGAAAAUAUAUUUCAAAUCUUAUUCAAUGCCUACAUUUUGGAUCUUCAGGAACAACGUGCCAACCUAACAAUUGGUUGUGUUGGCUGUCAAAUAAAUCGCCUACAAAUAACAUCCGGUUCCAUACCAUACUUCUUGCCAACAUUUGUGGUUAUUCUCAAGAAUAGUGUGGUUAUAAAAUCACGAGAUCUAUUAGUACGGCCAUUUACAUAUCCAACAUGGCGUCUCAUAACAUGCGUCGCUAUUCUGAAAAUGAUAAUUUUCCCCAUUAUGCGAAAACGUCAAAUUAAAUUAUAUACCAUAUUUCUUAUGGCAUGGUUAUAUGUAUUAUUCUUCCUACGUAUCAGCUAUGAGGGUGUGAUGUAUCAUGUCAUUACAAAUCCACCUUAUCAACCUCUACCCAAAACGGUUAGGGAAUUAAUUGCACAAAAUUACACGCUCUUUGUUGAUUAUUCUACAUAUCGGGUAUUGGAAAAGCAACCAUUGCUACAAGAAAGAUCACACAGUGUUAAUUGCGGUCCAAUAGAGCUGUUGGAACAGAUAGAUGAGCUGCCGUACAAAAGUGGUAUUCUAACAACAAAUGUCUAUGUUGGCCAUUUCAUGAAGGCGCGUAUGAAAAAUCUCACUCGUUACUCGGUGUUACAUGAGAAAAUAUUUAAUGGUUUAAAUUGCAUUUACUAUACGAGAGGUUCGUAUCUAGCCCCAGCUAUUGAUCCGAUUUUGCAGCGUCUAAUCGAUUCGGAUGCAACACUGGAGGAUAGAAUUAAAUUGUUGGUGGUCCAAGAAUCUGAGGAAGUGUUUUUGGAUUUGGAACGUUCGGUGCACGUCACCAGAUCUCUGAAGACCGUACACAGUACAAUUCCAAAAUAUUUAAUUAUUCUAAACAACGGUCACGAUCAUCAAAGGCAAGAGCAGUUCAUGACAAUGGAGCGAAUAUUUCAACACUUAUUCCAUGCCUACAUAUUGGAUGCUGUUAUUUUAAUACCUCAUCACAAUACAAUUGAAAUAUUCACCUAUUUCCCGUUUCAAUCUGAACACAAUUGUUCAAAUUUAAAACCUAUACUGAUACUCAAAAUUCAGGGCAUUCGAACACAAGAACCCAUUAUCACAUAUGGUGAUUUAUUUCCACGAAAAACCUUGAAUUUUCAUCAAUGCCCCUUUCGAGUUGUGGUAUGGAAGACACCUCCCUAUAUAGAUUUUAUAGAAAAUGCAAUGGGUUCAAUAUCACUGAAAGGAUUUGAUGCUUCUGUACUGGACAUAUUGUCGGAGGCAUUAAAUUUCUCAGUGGUACUAAUACCCAAUGACCCACCAAAUUACAUCUCAGGGGUUGUAUAUCCAAAUGGAACUGCAGUGGGUGUAUUUAAAAUG